UCCACUUUCCUCUUCUUUCACACCUUCAUUAUAAUAAAUACCCUCAUCUCUCUCUCUUUCUUUCUUCAUUCUCCCACCAAAUUCUCCGAUCUAUCUAAUCAUGGCAGAUUCUUCACUGAAGGGAGGAAUUACUGAACAAAAAACCCUUUUCUCUCCUUACAAGAUGAGCAAUUUCAAUCUCUCACACAGGGUGGUUCUGGCGCCAAUGACUAGGUGCAGGGCAAUUAAUGGGAUUCCUGGACAGGGUUUGGUUGAUUAUUAUACUCAAAGGGCUACCGACGGCGGAUUUCUCAUCACAGAAGGGACUCUUGUUUCUGAUAACGCCGGCGGGUUUCCUCAUUGUCCUGGGAUUUACAACAAGGAACAAGUGGAGGCAUGGAAGACCGUGGUAGAUGCGGUCCAUGCCAAAGGCUCGGUCUUAUUCUGUCAACUCUGGCACGUCGGCCGAGCUUCUCAUUAUGUGUAUCAACCUAAUGGGGGUUCUCCAAUAUCGUCUACAACCACACCCAUAUCAAACCGAUGGAGAAUUUUGAUGCCUGAUGGAUCACACGGCAAGUAUCCCGAGCCACGAGCAUUGGCCACACACGAGGUCCCGGAUAUUGUCAAUCUCUAUAGACAGGCUGCCCUCAACGCCAAUGAAGCUGGAUUUGAUGGAAUUGAAAUCCACGGGGCUCAUGGCUACCUCAUUGACCAAUUCAUCAAGAAUGGAAUCAACAACCGAACCGACGAAUAUGGUGGCUCGAUAGAAAACCGAUGCAAGUUCCUUAUUCAGGUCAUCCGAGCUGUCAUAUCUGCUGUGGGUCCUAACCGUGUUGGUGUUCGUAUAUCCCCAGCCAUUGAUCACCUUGACGCAAUGGAUUCCGACCCUCAGGGCUUAGGCCUGUCGGUUAUCGAAAGACUGAACGAUAUCCAAACCAAUGUGGGCUCGAAGCUUGCAUACCUCCACGUGACUCAACCGAGAUACACUGCUUAUGGCCAAACCGAGGCAGGAAAACAUGGUAGUGAAGACGAGGAAGCGCGUUUGAUGAGGACGUGGAGACGGGCUUAUAAUGGCACGUUUAUUUGUAGCGGAGGGUUUACGAGAGAGCUUGCAUUGAAGGCCGUGGAAGAUGGCGAUGCUGAUUUGGUUUCUUUUGGUAGGCUUUUUAUCUCCAACCCUGAUCUCGUCGAGAGAUUGAAGAUAAAUGCGCCUUUGACUAGGUACAAUAGGCGCACGUUCUAUACUCAUGAUCCUGUUGUUGGCUAUACCGAUUAUAGUUUUCUUAACCCGAAAGGGUUAUCGCGUCUCUAAAUCAGGAUUAGACGCAAAUUAUCAAUAUUAUGUGUAAAACUCAAUGAGCUUGUAUUUUUUUUCUUUUGAAAAAUGUCAGUAUGAGAGUGUUUAAGCUCGAAAAAAGCAUUACAAAAAAGAGUGUCUAAAGCAGGGAACAAAGGAUAAUGUAUGUAUUAGACGCAAAUUAUUGAUAUUAUGUAAAAUUCAAUGACCUCGUA